CAUCGGCGCGGUAUCUACGGUACAAAUCGUGACGAAGCGAUCUCGCGCUUUCGCGCCGCCGGCGGUGGCGGACGGUGACAGUGGCGGUCGGCGGCGAAACGCGAAGGAAGUCCCGCCCGCGACGUCCGCAGCAGUUGCCCGCGUUCCCGUGUCCGCGUCUCGCUCGCGAUCGCCCGUGGCGCGUGAAACACGUGCGUAUGCAAAUCGUCCGUUGGCGCGACACAAGACGCGAGUCCCGACGUGACAGCCCCGCUCGCAGCUCGCGCCCAGUGACGCCGUGCAUCUAUCGGAGCAGGCCCGAAGCCCGGAGGUGGAGGAGAGAUGCCUGCGUCAUCGUGUAUCAUCGGCGAGAUCGAUCGCGAAACAUGAUCGCGCCGCCUUACUAUCCGCCUCCGCCGCGUUUUCCCAUCUCGCUCGCGCGCCCAGUGACUCCUCGACGCAAGUAAAUUGCCCUGGCGAUCUGGCAGGCGGCCGGCUCUACUUUAAUGGAUGGAGAGGAAGAUUGCCAGCGGACGAAAGAUGCCCGGGACGGCGCGCCGUCGCCGGGCGCUGCCCCGCUCUCGUCAGGGGAAGAAACGGAUUGGGAUAGCAUGCUCAACACGGAGCGGCACCAGGGCGACCUCGGCGACAUGACGUUCUGCAUGGCCAACUACCUGAAGGAGACCAUGAAGAUGAUGUUUAUGAUGCGCAGCCAUCAUAUGCUGACUGACGUGAUACUGGAGGUCGGUUCCGAACUGUUCCACGCGCAUAAAGUUAUUUUAGCAGCAGCUAGUCCCUACUUUAAGGCAAUGUUCACUGGAGGACUGAAGGAAUGCGAGAUGACGAGGGUGAAGCUCCAGGGUGUCUGCCCAACCACGAUGGCUCGCUUAAUGUACUUCAUGUAUACCGGUCAAAUAAGAGUCACUGAGAUUACCGUGUGUUCGCUGCUGUCGGCAGCUACCAUGUUCCAAGUUAGCAAUGUGAUAGAUGCGUGCAGUGUCUUUCUGGAAAGACAGCUCGACCCCACGAACGCGAUUGGAAUCGCCAACUUCGCCGAGCAGCACGGCUGCCACGAUCUGUACCAUAAGGCGAAUCAGUUCAUCGUUCAGCACUUCAACCAGAUAUGCCAGGAGGAGGAGUUCCUGCAACUGUCCACCAUACAGCUGGUGACGCUCAUCAGGAAGGACGAGCUGAACGUGCAGGAGGAGAGGGAGGUCUACAACGCCGUGCUGAAGUGGGUCAAGUACAACGAGGAGGGGAGGCGGCCCAAGAUGGAGCACAUCCUGCACGCGGUACGCUGCCAGUACCUCACGCCGAACUUCCUGCGCGAGCAGAUGAAGAACUGCGACGUGCUGAAGAAGGUGCCGGCGUGCCGCGAGUAUCUGGCGCAGAUCUUCAAGGAUCUGACGCUGCACAAGAAGCCGGUCGUGAAGGAGCGUACGCCCAAUACGCGGCGGGUGAUAUACAUCGUCGGCGGUUUCUUCAAGAACUCCCUCGACGUCCUGGAGGGUUACAACGUCGACGAGAAGACGUGGACGCAGCACGCCAAGCUUAUCGUCCCCAGAUCCGGCCUGGGCGGUGCGUUUAUCAAGGGAAUGUUCUACGCGGUCGGCGGCAGACACAAUUCACCGGGAAGCAGGUACGACAGCGACUGGGUCGACAGAUAUAACCCAAUGACGGAUCAAUGGCGACCAUGCAGCCCAAUGUCGGUGCCGAGGAACAGGCUCGGGGUCGCCGUUAUGGACGGCUUGUUGUAUGCUGUUGGUGGCAGCGCGGGCGCUGAGUACCAUAACAGCGUCGAAUGCUACGACCCGGAUCAAGAUAUGUGGACCAGUGUGAAACCCAUGCAUUACAAGAGAUUAGGCGUAGGAGUAGCGGUAGUGAAUAGAUUGCUGUACGCGAUCGGCGGCUUCGACGGCAAGAACCGGCUGAGCUCGGUGGAGUGUUACCAUCCUGAGAACGACGAAUGGACGAUGGUGUCGCCGAUGAAGUGCGGUCGCUCGGGGGCCGUUGCGGCCAGUCUGGGCCAGUACAUAUACAUCAUAGGCGGAUACGACGGGAAAUCGCAAUUGAAUUCGGUAGAGAGGUACGACACGGAGCGCGACAUGUGGGAGAACGUGAGCAGCGUCACCAUCGCCCGCAGUGCUCUCAGCGUCACCAUCCUCGACGGCAAACUGUACGCGAUGGGAGGAUACGACGGUACGACGUUUUUAGACAUAGUAGAAAUUUACGAUCCGACCCAGGACCAAUGGACCCAAGGUGUGCCUAUGACAUCCGGAAGAUCCGGCCACGCUAGUGCGGUGUCGUAUUACCAGUGUCCCAUACACUGCGAUCAUUUGGAUUAUAAUAUCUCGCUGGAAAAACCGCCGUCGUGAUAUACGGAAUUGAUACGCUUCUUAGGGGAUAUUCGAAAGUAAGGAUAGUCUUUCAUUCUUUUAUUCGCGAGACAAAAAAAAA